GAGAGAGGAAGAAGAAAGGAGAAAGAGAGGGAGUUAGGCUCGGAUCUAGGAGUCUUUGUGACCGUUGCGAGCUCGGCUACACGAUAGGUCCAGGCGAAGGAUCCAGUGGUGGACGGGGAAAAGAGCAAAGCUAGGGGUUUGCUUGUGAUUUGAGGGGAGAAAGGUCCGUACGCUUGCGGCCGUACACCUUUCAGUUCUAAUAUGGCUUGAAGGGGAAGGGGUAGAUCGAGGAAUGAGGAACGACCACCACCUCUACCUCCUCCGCCUCCGCCUCCACCUCCACCUCCACCACCACCACAGGGGACGGAUGCAGUCAUGGCUAGGCUGCUUGAAGUUAUGGUAGAUAUACAGCAAAAUCUUAGAAGUCAUACUGUUUCAAAUCAGCAUGUUGACCUAAGUGCUGGGCAGGGAUCUUCUAGUACUAUAGGAGCUCAUGCACCAGUUGCUAAUAAUCGAGAGGAUGACAUAUCCGAACCUUGGAAGGAAUUCUCUCGUUCUAAUCCGACCACAUAUGAUGGUAGUAUGCUUGAUGGGAAAGCUGAUGAGUGGUUGGAUCGGAUGGAGCAGUUAUUUACUGUUGUGAGGUGUACAUCUGAGCAGAGGGUUAUCUUGGCUACGAUGCAGCUUGUUGGUGAAGCCAAGCAUUGGUGGGAUUCUGUUAAGCCCACAGAUGGAAGAUCUAUGUCUUGGGAUGAAUUUAAAGAAAGAUUUUAUGAUUUUCACUUUCCGCCAGCUUUCAGAGAUGAGAAAGAGGCAGAGUUUCAUGCAUUUCAGCAGGGGGACUUAGACGAGGAGACUUUUAUAAGAAAAUUCAAUCAGCUGUCUAAGUUCUCAACAUAUCUAAAGGCUUCUAAUGAUAGCAAGUGGAAAGCAAAGAGGUUAUUAGAAAAGAUGAGGCCAGAAUACCGCCAGCAGCUAUCUUUGUUAGGCGAGGCGACAUAUGAUGAGAUGUGCAAUCGUCUGAGGAUUGCCGCUCGUCGAGGCCAAGACACAGAGAGUAGCCGGAGUAGGGAUACACGAGGUCGAUUUUCUUUUGGGUUAGCUCCUACUGGUGGUGUAUCUAAGAGAAUGGGUUUUAGCUCUGGUUCUUCUUCUAGUGGCUCCUUUAGAAUCGGGUCUUCUUCUGCUUCUGGUAAUCGAAAUUUAAAUAGGGGUUCAACAUUUCAAGGUAAUCGGGGUGGUAAUAUGAGAUCUGGGAGUUCUCGUUUCUCUGGGAAUGCUCCAGCACGUUCUUCACAAACCAGUCAAGCCCCAAUUCUAAGCACAGCGAGGUCACCUUGCAAUAGAUGUGGUAGGGUUCAUUUUGGUCGCUGUUUUGCUUGCUACAAGUGUGGAAAGUUAGGCCAUUUGAUCCGUGACUGCCCUGAUUUACAUGAGAGCUCGGACCGGAGGAACGUGAUUCCUGGUAGAGUGUAUACAGUAUCUCAGGAGGAGGCUAGGAAGUCAUCGAAUCUAAUCACUGGUAUGGUUUCUAUCUGUGGCCUCGAUUUAGAAGCUUUGUUUGAUUGUGGUGCGACUCAUUCUUUUAUUUCUGCCGAGCGCUUAGAUAGAAUGGCUAUGCCUGUUGACCAGUUGCCCCAUGAUAUAGAAGUUUCCUCUACUUCUGGUUUGGUUGGUCGAUCCAGUGUGGUGUGUAGGACUAAGAUGACUUUUAAUGGGCGAUCGACUUGGGUGAAUAUGAUCAAAUUACCUAUGCAAGGGAUUGAUUUAAUUAUUGGUAUGGAUUGGUUGACAGCUUAUGGUGCUGUCUUAGAUUGUGUGACUAAGACAGUGACUUUGGUAGAAGUACCGGAGGUGAUCAAAGAAUACCCUGGUCAUUCUUGUUUUCUUUCUUCUUUACAAGUUGAAAGGUUGAUUGAGCAGGGAUGUGAGGCUUACGUGGUAGUGCUCGCUACCCAAGGGUCUGAGACAGGUAUAGUGGAUGAAAUUGAGGUUGUUAGGGAGUUCCCAGAGGUGUUUUCUGAGGAUGUAUCAGGAUUACCUCCAGAACGUGAGGUUGAAUUCUCAAUUGACCUGGUACCGGGGACUCAGCCAAUUUCAAAGGCUCCCUAUAGAAUGGCUCCUUCAGAGUUAGCUGAGUUGAAGAAGCAACUUGAGGAGCUGUUAGAUAAGGGAUUUAUUAGACCUAGUGUUUCUCCUUGGGGAUCUCCUGUCUUAUUUGUGAAGAAGAAGGAUGGUAGUUUAAGAUUGUGCUAUGGGCACAGAUCUGAAGUUUAG